AUGCGCAGCGCCGAGAAACCCAGUUUUAGCGACAUGAACAAAGACCUCGACUACGAUGUCCUGAUCAUCGGGGCAGGUCUUUCCGGAAUAUAUUCAUUAUACCGAAUGCACCAACUCGGUCUACGGGCGAAAGUCCUCGAGGCCGGUGGUGAUGUUGGUGGCACGUGGUACUGGAAUCGGUAUCCAGGCGCUCGAUUCGACUCCGAAAGCUAUUCAUACAAUUUUUCAUUCUCACAAGAGCUUCUUGAUGAAUGGAACUGGUCUGAGCAUUUUGCGUCGCAACCGGAGACACUACGGUACUGCGAGUUUGUAUGCGACAAGUUCGAUCUUCGUCGGGAUAUGCAGUUCAACACUCGAGUGACGUCCGCACACUUUCAAGAUGGAGCGAACGCAUGGCGACUUACUGAUGAAAGUGGUCGACAAUAUACAUCUCGAUUCCUGGUCACUUGUAUCGGUAUCUUGAACAACUACACUUUGCCCGCCAUCCCCGGCGUCUCGGAUUUCAAGGGCGAGGCAUUUCACACGGCGCGUUGGCCUCGGGAACAGGUCAACUUUGAGAAUAAGCGCGUCGCUAUCAUCGGUACCGGGGCGACGGGUAUCCAAGCUACCCAGGAAAUAGUCAAGACAGUGGGCCAUCUUACUGUCUUUCAGCGAACUCCAAACUGGAGUCUUCCAUUGCGCAAUGAACGAAUCACACCCGAUGAAAUGCAAGAAAUCAGAUCAAAUUACCCCGAUAUAUUUGACAAGUGUUCUCAGACCUCUUCUUGCUUCAUGCACGUAGCAGAUACGAGGAGCACACAUUCACUCACCUCUGAGGAUCGUGAGAAAUUCUGGAACGAUCUCUACGAGCAGCGUGGGUUUGCGAAAUGGCUCGGAAAUUUCGGUGAUAUCCACACCGACAGAGAAGCAAACGCACUCUUCAGCGAGUUUGUCGCAAACAAAAUUCGGCAACGUGUUAAAGACCCCGUCACAGCUGAGACGCUUAUACCCAAGUGCCACGGUUUCGGAACGAAGCGUGUUCCACUUGAAUCGGGCUACUUCGAGGCAUACAACAGACCGAAUGUCAGACUCGUCGAUGUCAAGAAGGACCCGAUAGAAUGCGUAACGGAGACAGGGAUCCGAACUCGUGAUGAGAAUUUCGAAUUCGAUAUGAUAAUCUAUGCGACGGGCUUCGAUGCCGUAACAGGAUCAUUCACGGCUAUUGACUUCCAAGGUGUGAAUGGGAUCCAGCUUUCAAAGCAGUGGGCUGAGGGUCCACGGACCCAUCUGGGUCUGUUCGUUGAGGAUUUCCCUAAUAUGAUGAUGGUUAUGGGACCGCAUCAGAUGUUUGGGAAUAUUCCUCGUAGUAUCGAGUAUGCUGUUGGGUGGGUGGCUCGGUUUAUUGAAUUUUGUCGGGAUAAUGGUAUUACUUCGGCCGCUACAUCGCAUCAAAAUGUGCUUGAUUGGACAGAGCAUGUGCACACUUGUGCGGAUGGGCUUCUGGCCAAUGAGGUCGACUCGUGGAUGACGGGUGUGAACAAGAAUCUGGCUCAUAAGCAGAAGAGGAUUAUUGCACGUUAUCAAGGCCCGGCUCCGGGAUAUAGGAAACGAGCAGAGGAUGUGGCCGCGAGGAAGUAUUCUGAUUUGACUCUGGCGUGA